GCGCGCGCGAGCGAACGCGUACCGUGGACCGAGCCGCUCGCCGCUCGGAUAAUUAAAAAGACGUUCCGAUCUAAGCGCGAGUAAUCAGCCGCGCGUUCGGUGUGAGCGUAACGCGUUCGUCCAUUAUCGACCUUGACAUUGUGCGCGAAUGAGAGGCGCGAUGGGCGAGACGGAGUGGACGUGCGAGUCCACGAUCCGGCUCGUGGACGAGUACCGGCAGCGGCCGGAGCUGUGGGACAGCUCGCACGAGAUGUACCGCGUGCAGACCGCCAAGUACGACGCCUGGUCGCAGAUGGCGCGCAUCUUCGAGUGCGACAUCGCAGACCUCCGCAAGAAGCUCAACUCCGUGUCCGCCUCGUACCGCCGCGAGAAGGCCAAGAUCAGGAACGGAGGACACUCCUCCUGGUUCCUCUAUAACAACCUCAGCUUUCUGCCGAACCAUCUGGAGUCACACAGACAGAGUACGAGUACAUCGAGCGACGCGCAGCAAUCACAGAUGGAGAGAGAACAGACUUCAGAGGAUGAUGAUGAUGAUGAGGACGAUGAGGACAGAGGAGAGCAGGAGGUGCUCAUCAAGCAGGAGCCCAGCAUCGAGACGUACGACAUGGACGAGGAUGCGCCGCGAGACAACAGGACUAACGACGUCAAGCAACCGCUGAAGAGGUACAGACUGAACAGGCCGCUAGUGAAGCGAAAACUAAUCAAAGAAAACAACAGCCUCGAUAGCAGACUACUAGAAACUCUACGGCUACUUAGAAAAUCAGAUUUAUCAAGGAAGAAGGAUGAAUGUGACAGCUUUGGGGAAUACAUAGCGGUGUCCUUGAGAAAACAUGAUGAGAGGACCCAGAGCAUGAUCAAACAGGCCAUCAAUAAUAUUCUGUUUGAGCAGGAGAUGAAGAAAUACAGCACGGGGCACUACACGGUGGUGCUGCAGGGGGUCGACGAGAACCCGCUGGUGCUCGGAGACCAGGAGGAGAAGUAAACUGACGUCGACUGUAGUGAGCUAGGAUAAGGAACUGACUGAUAUAUCAAUAUUCAAGUGUAUAUUAGUAAGAUAAUCAGGUACUUAUUGUUUAGUGACAAUCAAACGCAUUGAAAGUUUCAGAAAUUUUCAGACACAAAUUUCGCGUCUCAAAGACAUUGUGACUUUUUUAUUAUUAUUACGAAAUAAAACAACUUUUACACGAGAGAAUAAAGAGCACUAAACAACCUAGUACCUACCUUUGUGAUGCUAAUCUCUUGUAUUUCAACGCUGUGUAAAAUUUUCUUUUCAAUGCAAAGUCAGGUUGUGUUAUUUUUGUAACACUGUGUUUAUUUUCGUAAUAAAUAUUGUUAUAAAGAAC